AAUAAAGAGAAGGGACCAGGUGCUUUGAUAAAGGGAAGGGGUCAAGUGAUGUCGUUUUUUGUCUUAUCCUCACAAAUAAAUACUCUUGAAAGCUGCAAUAUACACACCAUUUGUUUGUAAUCACUAAGCCUCAAAGACAUAGCCUCGCAAGGCUCAUUGCACAACAAUUCACAAACUUCCACAUGGGUUCUCCUAAGCAAAAAGAUGUAGAUCAUGGUCAACCACCUUUGCUAGAGCUUAAUGACCACCCACCACCACCGUUGCCGCUGUCGUUUGCUGAUUCAUUCAGCGUGAAGCAUGAAGGAUCAGACGGUGAACUUGAGCGAAUACUCUCAGACACUAGUGUUCCUUUUGCGCAGCGCUAUGGAUCUGCAACAUGGAUUGAGCUCAAGCUCUUGUUUUACCUUGCUGCUCCUGCUGUCAUAGUGUACCUCAUCAACUAUGUCAUGUCCAUGUCCACUCGAAUCUAUUCCGGCCACUUGGGAAACCUUGAGCUAGCUGCUGCUUCCCUUGGAAACAAUGGCAUCCAACUCUUUGCUUAUGGCCUCAUGUUGGGCAUGGGGAGUGCGGUUGAAACACUAUGCGGACAGGCAUAUGGUGCAAGAAAAUUCGAGAUGCUAGGCGUAUACAUGCAAAGAUCAAUCGUGCUUCUCUCAUUAGCCGGCGUCGUUUUAACCAUAAUCUUCAUCUUCUCCGAGCCCAUCUUGAUCUUCAUAGGACAAUCUCCAAGAAUCGCAAAAGCAGCAGCACUCUUCAUCUACGGCCUCAUCCCUCAAAUCUUUGCCUACGGUUUAAAUUUCCCUAUCCAAAAAUUCCUCCAAGCGCAAAGCAUCGUUGCUCCAAGCGCGUACAUCUCAUUUGCAACGCUGGUCUUGCACCUCGUCUUGAGCUACGUGGUAGUGUAUGUGCUCGGGCUCGGGUUGCUAGGCGCGUCACUUAUGCUUAGCGUGUCGUGGUGGAUCGUUGUGAUUGGGCAGUUUGUGUACAUUGUGAAGAGUGAGAGGUGUAGGCACACAUGGAAAGGGUUCACGUUUCAAGCGUUUUCUGGGUUGCCGAGGUUUUUCAAGCUGUCAGCGGCAUCGGCGGUUAUGCUGUGCCUAGAGACGUGGUAUUUUCAAAUUUUGGUUUUGCUUGCUGGGCUGCUUCCUCACCCGGAGUUGGCUCUGGACUCGCUUUCUAUUUGUACCACAGUGUCUGGAUACGUGUUCAUGAUCUCUGUUGGAUUUAAUGCAGCUGCCAGGUUUGAUUCUCUCUCUUUAUAUGUGAGAGUAAGCAAUGAGCUAGGGUCAAGAAAUCCAAAAUCAGCCUCAUUUUCAGUGGUAGUGGUGACAACGCUUUCUUUCAUAUUAUCGGUUAUUGAAGCACUCGUAGUGCUUGCGCUGCGAGAUGUGAUCAGCUAUGUCUUCACGAACGGUGAAGAGGUUGCAGCCGCUGUCUCAGACCUUUGCCCUCUCCUUGCACUUGCCAUUGUCCUCAAUGGCAUUCAGCCUGUCUUAUCCGGGGUGGCCGUUGGAUGUGGAUGGCAAACUUUUGUUGCAUAUGUAAAUGUUGGCUGUUAUUAUGGAAUUGGCAUACCAUUUGGUGCAGUUCUUGGUUUCUACUUCAAAUUUGGUGCAAAGGGAAUAUGGUUGGGAAUGCUAGCUGGCACGGUUUUGCAAACAAUUAUUUUAGUGUGGGUCACAUUUCGAACAGAUUGGAAUAAAGAGGUUGAGGAGGCAACGAAGAGGUUGAAUAAAUGGGAGGAGUCGACUACAGAGCCACUUCUCAAUAAUGGAACAUCUCCAAAUGUGGAAUAACUUUUUGUCAUAACUCCAUAUAAUUAAGUCAGGUCUUGCAUUGUUAAGGGAAGAAAUAAAAGCCAAGGACCAACGAAAUUAAGUUUGGUAAUUCUUUGCUUUUUAUCUUGUCGGUGCGCAAUGAGAACAUAAAAGAGAGGCAGAGAUUUAACGUGAUUCGGGAAACUUCCAUUCAUUAUAGCAUCGUGGGAUUUAGGCACAGCCCUGUUAGUGUGCUAUUCUUGUUCAUUUGGUCUCAGGUUGUCCUGCCUGGUUCCUUUUAGUUUGUUGGUGUUCUUGGGUACAACUUGUACCAAUUUGUAUAUUUUUUUAUUUAUAUAUAUAAUACUUAUUUGGCCUUCCAGAAAAAAAUUAUAGCAUUCACGAAGUUUUCUUACUCAACUCUCACAAACUCAGCCUUCCGCAUAUACUUAGAGCACUUAGACUCUUAGUGGAUAGGAAACUCCUCUCUGAUUCACUCACCCUCAUAUGGUUGAGCUGGCUCACAUUUCCCUCUCCCUCACAUUUAUAGGGGAGAUUCAAGGGACAAAACCAAAUAUGGAAGCUUGAUUCUGGAGGCUCUCCAUGUGGAGGGCAUGCUGUAAUUGAGAGUUUAAUUUGUUUAGUAUGUU